AUGUCCGAAUCAAGCAUGAAUGAAGCCCAACUCCUCCGAUUUUACCAGUAUGCCUGGAUAGAAAGCUAUAUUGACAUUGCGGCUACGGGCCUAUUUGUGUACGAUUUCAUCAUCUCCUUCAAUCAGGAGUGGCGGGCAGUCUGGUCUCGCAAGAUCGCGGGAGCGACUGCUAUAUACCUAGCUCUCCGCUAUGUGACCUUGGCAAAUGUGAUUACAUAUGUCACCAACUUCACCAUUUCAUCAUGUGAAGUGACAUUUGCGUCAAUUCGAGUUUAUGCUAUUGAUGGCCGGCGGUGGAUGAAGGCUGCCACCGUGAUGAUGUUGGGGCUUGUGCCUGUUGCUAUCAACAUUUAUUCCGGGUCUAAAACAUUUGCAUAUUGUAACACAGAGGAUCUUGGUGUUGAAGUCUCGAUAUCCACCUCCAAGUAUAAUAUGUACGUUGCAUCAGUCGUUAUGCUUCUUGUCACUCGUAUAUGUGUUCUCAUGUCGAACCUCCUGGUCGUUAUAUCAACAUGGCAAGCGACACGUGCCAGCAGAUUAGUGACUGCCUGGACCAGCAGAGGAUCCCUCACAGCUGUGUUGUUUCGAGAUGGUACCAUUCACUUUGCAAUAGUAGUCGGGCUCAACGCAGCCGACGUUGUGGUAGAACUACUCCUGGGGGUUGGUGCAAUUCACAUGACUACAUAUAAUCACUCAACAGCUGAGCCUCAGAAAUUGAUCGACUUGUCCCAACUCAUGGAGCUGAUCAGUACCGUGGUGCUAUGCCACUUCUUCCUCAACCUCCGCCAGUUCUCCAGCCCCGACGUCAACAACAGCGAAAUGUCCUCCCACGCAAGCUCUUUCUCAAGCUUCGCAUCGAGGAUCAUCGGCAACCUGGGCGAGAUGCUCGAGGACGACCCUCAAGCCCUUGAUGACGACUUUGAAGGCGAACUAGACGACCUCAAUGAUACGGGAGAAGUCGAUGGGUCAGUUGUUUUCGAUGACAACACAAAGGCUCCUUCAGAUGCCGACAAGGCUCAGACUCGAAUGGCCACUGCGGCAAUUUUCGAGCAGGAGACGGAUAAGAGAGGCGCAGCCGACCAUGGGUUUCUCGAAGCCCCAGAUGAGGGCUUCGACCAGCGUGUGAUAGAUGUUGUCUAG